AUGCUACCUAAACAACAGAAGAAGAUUCCCAUCACCGCCGAGGUAGUCGACCUUGAUAGCAGCGACGAUGAAGGCGCCGCCGUCGCAGAAUUUUCAAAAAAUGUCAACAAACCAUCAAAUAACGCAACUAUACAAAGCAAACCAUCGAAUGGUCAACCUGCCGACCCAAUUGAUAACCAAUCCAGAAGUUUCUGGAAAGCUGGCGCUUAUGAAAUUGGCCCUUCUAAAUCUACUUUAUUUCAAGGUGAUUUGGAGCAUGCACGUGUUCACCCGAAGUUUCUGCAUUCAAAUGCGACUUCUCAUAAAUGGGCCUUUGGGGCUAUAGCUGAGCUCUUGGAUAAUGCUGUGGAUGAGAUACGCAGUGGAGCGACUUUUGCGAAGGUUGAUAGAAUUUAUAACGUGAAGGAUAACUCUCCUGCCUUACUUUUCCAAGAUGAUGGUGGUGGUAUGAAUCCAGAUGACAUUCGGAAAUGCAUGAGCUUAGGUUACUCUUCAAAGACAUCCAAUACAACAAUUGGACAAUAUGGUAAUGGAUUCAAAACAAGUACCAUGCGGUUGGGAGCUGAUGUGAUCGUUUUUAGUCGUGCAAUGAAGUCAGGGUGCGCAACCCAAAGUGUUGGUCUUCUCUCAUAUACAUUUCUGCGGAGAACCGGGCAGGAUGAUGUGAUUGUUCCAAUGGUUGAUUUUGAUAUCUCAGACCACUGGGCCGAGCCUAUAAUCUAUAGCUCUAAGGAUGAUUGGUCCAAUAACUUGAAUACCAUCCUUGAAUGGUCUCCAUUUGCAUCUAAGGACGAGCUUAUGCUACAGUUUGAAAAUAUUGGGUCACAUGGAACAAAGAUCAUAAUAUAUAACCUGUGGCUGAAUGAUGAAGGCAUCUAUGAAUUGAAUUUUGAUGACGACGAUGAGGAUAUUAGGUUGAGAGAUGAAGCUAAUCGGGGGAAUCCAUCCAAAACAUUGAAGAGGGUCCUUGAACUACAAUCUCAUAUUUCCUACCGCAUACGCUUUUCACUAAGGGCUUAUGCGUCAAUACUGUAUCUCAGAAAAUUUACGAACUUCAAAAUUAUUUUAAGAGGGAAGCCUGUUCAGCAGUUAUAUAUUGCUGAUGACUUGAAAUACUCAAAAGCAAUCACAUACAGGCCCACUGUUGCCCCGUUACCAAUGAUGGUGGAAACAACCAUUGGCUUUAUUAAAGAAGCACCUGCACUGAAAGUUUGUGGAUUCAACGUAUACCAUAAAAAUCGUCUCAUCAGGCCCUUCUGGAAAGUCACGGGGGAUGGUUCUUGUAGAGGAGACGGUGUUGUUGGAGUACUGGAAGCAAAUUUCAUAGAACCUGCACAUGACAAACAGGAUUUUGAGAGAUCAUCUCUGUUUACCAAGCUGGAGAUGAGGUUGAAACAAAUGGUUAUGGAAUAUUGGAAAGGUCACUGUCACUUGAUAGGAUACCAGCCUGAUGGCAAGAACAAGGGUAAUCUGCAAAACCAAUAUACUGUGCAACCUCGAGAUGGAGCUAGUAUGCAAAAGCAGUCUGCAACUGAUAGUCACAUGCAUUCAGUUCAACCUGUUAUUGAUCUUUCCGAUGAUCUGCUGCAUCAGUUGCCUGGUCAACGAACUCGUACCACCAGAACUAGUGACAGUGGAAAAUUGCCUAAUAUUACUGGGCCUGUAGCUGGGUCUGCCAGAGAAGCAUCUCUAGAUGGUUUGAAUUCUAGAUCAAUUGAUCAGAUAUCUGAAGAGAACAUCCAGCUGUUCAAUAGGUGUCAGGAACACAUACAGAAGGAAGUUGAAUUGAAAAAAACGAUAGAGGAAUUGGAGAAUGAAUUAGAGGAGAAGAGAAAGAAGUGUGCCAGACUUUCUUCUCACUUGGAAAACCAGAGAAUGCAAAUGCUUACAAGACAACAAUCAUAA